CACCAAUAAAAUCAUCAAAUCUUAGAUCCACAACCCUAAAUCGUUUUGGGGGUUUUCGUUUUCUUCAAACCCUAACCCUAAUUCCUCAAUGGAUUUCGGUAAGAAACGAUCCAGACCUGCUGCUACCUUCAACGGCAACAACGGCUUCAAGAAAUCCAAACAAGACACGGAGUCGUUUCAAUCUGGUUUAGGAAGCAAAUCGAAGCCAUGCACAAAGUUUUUCAGCACUUCUGGCUGUCCUUUCGGCGAGGGAUGUCAUUUCUUGCAUUAUGUACCCGGAGGGAUAAAAAACAUCCCUCAAAUGACAGGUGGCAACGCAGCACUACCUCCAACUAUCCGAAAUCCGGUCCUUCCACCUUCCUUUCCCGACGGUUCAUCUCCACCAGCCGUUAAAAGCCGCCUGUGCAACAAGUACAACACUGCAGAAGGCUGUCGGUUUGGCGACAAGUGUCAUUUCGCUCACGGAGAAUGGGAGCUCGGAAAACCAACCGUCCCAUCUCAUCAUGAAGAUCCACGCGCUAUGGCCCACGCACCCGGCAACCGAUUCGGAACCGGCGGUCCUGGUCGGAUGGAUUUUAAUCCGCUCGACAACCACCAAGCUGCAGGCGGUUUUGGAGCAUCAGCAACAGCGAAGAUCAGCGUAUUAGGCACUCUAGCUGGACCGAUCAUUGGUAAGAAUGGAGUCAACUCGAAACAAAUCUGUCGGUUAACCGGAGCCAAGCUUUCGAUAAGAGACCAUGAGUCGGACCCGAACCUUAAGAACAUUGAACUCGAAGGUACGUUUGAGCAGAUCAAACAAGCAAGUCAGAUGGUUCGCGAGCUUAUAGUGAACAUAAGCUCGUCGACUUUGCCGCAUCCGCCGCAAAAGAGCUUUAACGGUCCUCCAGCUAACAACCUGAAGACAAAACUGUGUGAAAACUUUGCGAAAGGGUCGUGUACGUUUGGUGAGAGAUGUCAUUUUGCCCACGGUGCUGAAGAGUUGCGCAUAGCGGGAGUGUGAUGUUUUGACGUGUGAUUAACGAUUCGUGAUUUGUUUAGAAAUGUUUUGGAAUAUGAGAAUUGACGUUAGACAGUAAUGACUUUCUAAGAUGCUUGCUGUUAAAAGUUACUUAGGUUUUCUAUUCUUCUAUUUCAGUAUUAAAAGCAUUGGUUA